AUGAUCUCCAAGACGAAAAAUCCCGUCGUCGAUCCUGCCUUCAUCAAGAUGACCAACCUCAUCAUCGAGACAUACGAACGCCACAGCGUUUUCAAGGACUCAAGCAUCAUGCUCCGCGCCUGCAUUAGGCUAUGCUUCACUCUCUGGCUGCUGGUGCCCCAGGUCUGGCGGCAGACCCGACCUUGGUUUUCGAUGUGGAUCCUGACCGAACCAUGA